GUUUAUAAUUGUAAGAAACAGUAGAAGGCACGCGCGCGCACGGAGGAAGAGAGACCAUAGACGUCGUGCUCAGAAGUAAUUUUGAAGAGAAAACGUUGAUCUGAUUCCGAAUUUGCGUUCGUUCCCGUAUCAGAGUCCAGGACGAUGUCGUUUGGGUCCUCUCUGUUGUCUCAUUCGCAUACCCUUCAAUUCUUGUCCAACAGAAACAGAACCUCCCGCUUCAAAGCCACCGCCGAAGUUCCCGAUUUCCUCUCUGCAGAUUGGUUUGAAUCUCGCAAGAAAAGACCCUUUGGCCCACGAUUAGAUUUUAGUGCAGAAGAUGCGGUGCAUUACCAGCUUGAAGCCUUGAAGUAUAAUGACCAGCCCCGUCCAGAUUAUGGAAUCGAGGUUAUGUACAGGUUUGCUGGAUUUGAUCCCUUUGAAAGGUCUCCCUAUUUUGGCCCUUUCUUUGAUUUGGGUCAGUUUGAAAGGUUUAGGCGCAUUUUUCACCAUUCUACUUAUCGAGUCUUACUAGGUCACAAGGAGAGAAAGAUCAUGAGCACUUUGUUUGUCGAGGAGAACAAAUACAAGCAGCGGGUUUGGAUUCGUGGAAGUCGACCGGAGGAAGAGGAGAUAUUUCAAUUUACAAUGGCUCAGAAGGUUGGUGGAUGCUGGGAUGGUUACUGGUUAACAGAGUCUCUGCUUCACGAUACUGAUACAUUUGCUGGUGGAUUAGCAUAUUAAAAAGACACCAUCUAAUGCAGGAAUCAGGUUCAUGAUGAGGUUUCACUAUCAAAAGCAUGGAAAGAUCUGCAUUUCUGCAAUCACUAUCCUAAUCUGUAUAAUUUGUGUACAUAUAUAUGUAAGAAAUUCAGCUGUUAAUACGUGUUGAAUAAGGGGAUAUAAUUGGUUCUCGCUAAUCAAAUGUAAACAUUCUUGUACAUUUUACUGAAUAUCUUGCAGGAGCUGCCAUACAUACUUUUAGAGCUUAUGCUCACAUCUGCAUAUUUGUGCACACCAUCUUGUGAGUGCAUCUUAAUGCACCCUCUGGUUCAUUUAUACUAUAGAAUGGUUCAAAA